AGAUUCAAUGUUCUCUCUGUAGUCUGAAUUUUCAAUAUGAAAAUCAUCUUAAUGUAUCUAUGUAUUUCUGACAUAGUACUAAAUAUAUAUACAGUUUCCUUCCAACUCCCACCUACCUGAGCUCUUUCAGUUUCAUGCAAGAAGAGCAUUUACUGAGUAUUUGUCACUGUCCCACUUUGCCAAACCUGCCUCAACCAUCUCCAAAAUAAAUGCAGAGUUAUAGGGAGUAAUAAAUAGACAAAGUCUCUUCCUCUCAUGGCGCGUGACUUCUUUCUGUAUUAAGGGAAUACAGCCAAAAGCAGGUUGCAGAAAGCUCAGCAAAAAAUGGAUUAUGUGUACAAAUUGUUGAUGCUUAUGUCUUCUAUCACUCUAUGCCUCCUUCCAUUCUCUUCUUGCUCGGCUCCCUCUGUCGGUUUCUACGCAGGUUCAUGCCCCGCAGCUGAGAUCAUGGUGAAGAACACAGUGAGAUCAGCUUCCGAUUUGGAUCCCACGAUUCCCGGGAAGCUCCUUCGCUUGCUCUUCCACGACUGCUUCAUCGAGGGCUGUGAUGCUUCCAUACUACUUCAAGGUAAUGGGACGGAGAGAAGCGAUCCCGGGAACGCAUCUGUUGAGGGAUUUGCAGUUAUAGACUCAGCAAAGAGAUUGCUCGAAAUCUUCUGCCCGGGAACAGUUUCUUGUGCCGACAUUCUUGCACUGGCUGCUAGAGACGCAGUUCAAUACACAGGAGGGCCGAGCGUGCAGAUUCCGACAGGAAGGAGAGAUGGUAGGAUUUCAGCAGCUGCAAAUGUGAGACCAAACAUCAUAGACACAAGCUUCACAUUAGAUGAGAUGGCUAAGCUCUUCUCUAUCAAGGGUUUGUCCAUGGAUGACCUUGUAACCCUCUCAGGGGGUCACACAAUCGGAAGAUCGCAUUGCAGCUCAUUCAACAACCGGUUCAAGGUCGACCUGAGUGGAAAUGUUACAGUGAUCGACUCAUCCCUGGACCGGCAGUACGCGGUCCAGCUAACGAAAAUGUGUCCUGCCUGUGCCAGGGAUGAUUCGAUCACUGUGAAUAACGACCCGGGCACGCCCUUUCAGUUCGACAACCAGUACUACAGGAUAGUGCUGGAGCACAAGGGGCUUUUCCAGGCUGAUUCUGCACUGGUAAAUGAUGAUAGAACGAGGAGCAAAGUAAUUGAAUUUGCAAACAGUGAAGAUGGUUUCUUUGAGAAUUGGGCAGUUUCUUUCUUGAAACUUAGCAUGAUUGGGGUUAAGACUGGUGAUGAUGAGGGAGAGAUUCGGCAAUCUUGUUCGAUGCCUAAUAAAUGAUUCCAUUAUUACCACUGUAAUUAUUAUUUUUUGUUAGCGUUUCAUGUGAAAAUGUCA